GGGCCCAGCCAAGAUGGUGCUCGCGCAGCUGGGCAGGAGCCUCUCCCGCGCGCUUGCGCAGAUGGGCAAUGCCACGGUGAUCGACGAGAAGGUGCUCGGGGAGUGCCUAAACGAGAUCUCCCCCGCUCUCCUGCAGUCUGACGUCCGGAAGAUCGUCAACCUCGAGACCCUCGCCGCCGGCACCAACAAGCGGCGCAUCAUAUAGCAGGCCGUCUUCACGGAGCUCUGCAACAUGCUAGAUCCAGGGAAGCCGGUCUUCACCCCCAAGAAGGGCAAGCCCAAUGUCGUCAUGUUCGUCGGAUUGCAGGAUGUCCUUGGAGAAGAUGGCCAUUGGAGUGUAGGGGAGGAACAACCUUGUCCUGCUCGAGGAGGAGGAGGACCACCCGAGCUCGACGACGACACGGCAAGAGGUAGCACUCGCCUCCCUCCCAAGGAACUAGCAAACUUUGUUGUUUUGCAACUGAAUGAACGCAACUUCAGUUUGUAUGUCACCCAGCUUGCUGUUGCGGUGGCUGUCGAUGCCGGUGAGCCUGCAACAUCUCUGAUGAGCUGCAGGACCUGGACACCUUAGGUAUGCCCUGCUCCUCCUCCUUCCACCCUCAUCUCAUGUGCGCCAAGUCCAUCUAUCUCAUGUGCAUGUAGAUCAUGAUGUACCAGAACCCUGCAACAGAAUACUGAUGUAAUAUGCAAAGAACAAAUUAAAACCAUGUUCUAUAUCCUGACUUGUUAUUUUCUUAUCUAGCAAAUUGUAGACAUGAAUCUCUAGUUGACCUAUUGUUUCAUAGACAUAUAUCUGCAUUUCUGCUGCUUUAUCAUACAUUCGAUCCAUAAAUCUGCAUUUCUGUGA